ACUAUAAAUAUCUUUGCUAAUAAAUAUAAAGUUCAAAAUCUCUUUCUAACUCCGAACUUAAACCUGCUUGGCAAUCAAGAACCAAAUCAUCAGAGCAACCAUGAAAGCAAUACACAGCCUUCAUCAGAAUCUCCCAGCUACAAAUCUUCCCAACCCCUACAGGCUUCCAUUGAGAAUUGAAUCCUAUCAAGAUUUCAAGAUUGAAGCCCGGCCACGCCAAAAGCCUCCUAACAGGGCAGUUCGGCUAGCUGAAUCAUGGUCAAGUUCGUUACAGCUCCAGAUUGAAACAGCAAUUCAUAAGAGCCUUAGCCAUUCCAACAAACACAACAAUCUUGUGAACUUUGAAGACAUGCAAAACACACCAACCAUGUCACCUAAGGAAGACAUAUCAGAAAAAUGGCAGGAAAUCCAUGGUUCUAGUGAAUGGGAUACUCUCAUUGAUCCAUUGCAUCCAUGGCUUCGUAGGGAGAUAAUCAAAUACGGAGAAUUCGCGCAAGCAACGUAUGAUGCUUUCGAUUUUGAUCCCUUCUCGGAGUAUUGCGGGAGCUGUAGAUAUAAUCGUCAUAAAAUUUUUGACAAGUUAGGCCUUAGCAAGAGCGGCUAUAAGGUUAGUGCAUACAUUUAUGCCAUGUCACAGAUAGACUUGCCUCGAUGGCUCGAGAGGUCGCAGUUGGUCGAUACAUGGAGCAAAGAUUCAAACUGGAUGGGGUUUGUAGCUGUAAGUGAUGAUGAAGAGUCUAAAAGAAUUGGAAGAAGAGACAUUGUGGUGGCUUGGCGUGGAACUGUAGCAGCAACAGAGUGGUACGAGGAUUUUCAGCGAAAACUGCAGCCUAUAGGGGAGGGAGAUGCCAAAGUCGAACAUGGAUUUCUUAGCAUUUACACAUCUAAGUGUGAUUUCACUAGGUACAACAAGUCUAGUGCAUCGGAGCAAGUCAUGAAAGAAGUGAGAAAUCUCGUGCAUUUCUAUAAAAGCAGGGGCGAAGAAGUUAGUCUUACCAUAACUGGACACAGUCUAGGUGGUGCAUUGGCUCUCCUCAAUGCCUACGAGGCUGCAGCUUCCUUUCCAGGCCUCCCAGUUAGUGUCAUAUCCUUUGGUGCGCCUCGAGUUGGUAAUAUUGCUUUCAGAGAUGAACUUUACCAAAUGGGCGUUAAGACUUUACGAGUCACCAUAAGGCAAGAUUUCGUGCCUCGAAUGCCUGGAAUAGUUUUUAAUGAAAGCUUGCAAAGGUUUGAUGAUUUGACCGGGACCUUAGAGUGGAUUUAUACACAUGUUGGAGUAGAAUUGAAGCUUGAUAUCAGGUCUUCACCUUACCUAAAAAGGGGAUUCAACCUGAUGGGGUUUCAUAUGCUUGAGACAUAUCUUCAUCUUGUGGAUGGAUUCCUUAGCACAACCUCAACAUAUCGAUCUGAUGCCAGAAGGGAUGCAGCAUUGGUUAACAAAGCUUGUGAUAUGCUAAUUGAUGAACUCAGAAUUCCUCCCAGUUGGUAUCAAUUGGCCAACAAAGGUUUGCAAUGCAAUGCUCAUGGGAGGUGGGUAAAGCCCAAAAGGGAUCCUGAAGAUAUACCAUCACCUACUGUGGAAUUGCAUAGCCAGAACCAUGUAUUUGACGUGCAAACGCAUUAUGCACUUGAACCAUUGUUUGCUUCCUGAGGUUUGAAUUACAUAUAUUGAAUAGAGAGAUGUGACCAUAGAUUAAGAUAAAGUAGCUCUAAGGUGAACAGAGCAGAGGAAAAGAAGUAUUUAGAAAAAGAGAGUUGAAUAGUCAUUAAUUAGGCUGCUGUAACUUUAUACUAUUGUAUAAUAACUCCAGAACAGCACAGCGCAACGAUGUUCAGCAGAAAAUUCUUUGGCAUAGAUAUCUGGAAUGAGAAUAUCUCAAAAAAUUUCUUUGGUAUAG